CUGCUGACCGCAACGGUUUUCCUGCCAGCCAUUGCAGCCCUGUUAUUGGCCGUGGGCAUACUAAGCGGCGACCGGGCGAUUCGCUGGUUCGCGGUGUUGGUAACCGCCGCUGACCUGGCGCUGUCAGUGGUCGUGUUCGCCCUGUUCCAGCGGGGUGGCGAACGGUUCCAAUUGAUCGACCGGUUCACCUGGAUCGACACCAGCACGGUGCAGGCCAACUACCUGCUGGGUGUGGAUGGCAUCAGCGCGCCGCUGGUAAUGUUGACGGGAUUGCUGGGCCUGUGCGCCGUUUUCGCUUCUUUCCACGUCGGCAAUCGCGUCAAGGAAUACUUCAUCUGGCUGCUGGUGCUGCAAACGGCCGUUAUGGGCGUGUUCACCUCGCUGGAUUUCCUGUUGUUCUUCCUUUUCUGGGAACUCGAACUGGUGCCGAUGUACCUCCUGAUCUCAACCUGGGGCACGGGACGGCGCGAAUAUUCGGCGAUGAAAUUCCUGAUAUUCACGAUUCUGGGCUCGGCGUUCAUGCUGGUGGCCAUCGUCGGGGUGUUCGUCAGCGCCGGGGUGGGCAGCUUCGACAUGACCCGCCUGCUGGAGCCCGGUUCCGCGCUUGAUGCCACACGCGCCGCCCUGCCCAUGGGCUUGCUGUUCUGGCUGUUCUUCGUCGCCUUCGCCGUAAAACUCCCCACUUGGCCACUGCACACCUGGCUGCCUGAUGCCCACACCGAUGCACCCACGGCAGGCAGCGUAAUGCUAGCCGGGGUGAUGCUGAAGAUGGGCGGAUACGGCUUGCUACGCAUCAACGCAGGGAUGUUCCCGGAACAGCUGCAAACCUACGCGCUGCCGGUGGUAAUCCUCGGCGUCAUCAGCGUGCUUUACGGGGCCGUAGUUACGUUGCGGCAAACGGACCUGAAACGUCUUAUUGCCUAUUCCAGCGUCAGUCACAUGGGACUCGUCCUCAUUGGCAUUGGCUCGGUGGCCGUGGUAGGUGGGGCGUUAACCGACGCCGGCCUGGUGGGGGCGGCGAUGCAGCUCUUCACCCACGGCACAAUUACCGGGUUGUGGUUCGUCGCGGUGGGAAUCGUGUACGACAAAACACACACGCGUCAAAUUCCCGACCUGGGUGGGCUCGCCAAUCGUAUGCCUAUCGUGGCGGCGGCGUUCCUGUUGGCCGGCGCUGCCUCAUUGGGACUGCCGGCGCUGAGCGGUUUCGUGUCGGAACUGCUGGUGUUCUUCGGUGGGUUCCGGGCGUUCCCGGCGUUGACCAUACUGGCGGUGCUGGGAAUUAUUCUGGCCGCCGGCUAUAUCUUGUGGAUGAUACAGCGGGCUUUCUUCGGGCCGCGCCCCGCCCGUUGGGACGAACUUACCGACGCGAGUUGGGUGGAAAUGGCCCCUAUCGCUCUGCUGGUUAUCAGCAUUGUGGCGGUUGGUGUGUAUCCGGCCUGGCUUACCGACGUGUUCCGUGAGGGACUGGAACCCAUCGUAAACGGUUAUAAUUCCGGCCUUGCCGGUGUCAGCCGCUAG